AUGCAGGAGGUUCGACCACGAGCUUAUGUGCAGGCGUUAAUCACUAGACUGGAGCAACUGAGAGCCGUUAAAGCGCGUGUAUCUAGCUCGCCUCCUGUUACAAACUCCGAUGGUCCUGGUGAGACUGGCCAGUCGCUUGAGCAAAUGGCGAUAUCUGAACCCUUUGUACUUCCUGAUACCCAGGAGUUUGGUAGCGAGCAUCGUCCAUCAUUUGAUAUCAAUCUCACGUUAUUUUUACGGAGUGGGCCGACCACUCGAUACUUUGGUGCUAGCUCUGUGUUUCCCUUAACGGUUCAUCUACUGAACAGUGCGCUUGUCAAGGGACUAAUUUCAGAUGAGUUCACUUCAUCGACACCUAGAAGCUCUUAUCCGCCAAAGCAGGAACCUGAAUAUCCCAUCGUUGCUACCACCCAUUCUAGGGAACGAUUGAAUAUUCUCAUCGGCUUGUUCCUUACCUCAAUAAAUAUCCUGUAUGGUUUUAUUGACCCGUGGACGACCGAUGCGGACCUGCAGGCUUACUUGCAAUUGACACAUGAUAGUUCCGUCGUGUCACAGAAUCUAGAAAGUAGUCAAGCCCAUCAAUACUUUCGCAUCAACAUGAUAUGUGCUAUUGCAUGCGCCAAUCGAGCCAGACAUGAGCCGAUUGAGCACGCUAAUAGCAUGGCAUUUUUUACGGCUGCAGUCACAUGCGUGGAAGAUGUGACUUCCGAAGUCUCGCCGGAGUCCCUACAAGCGUUGCUUCUGCUCAUAGUAUUUUGUCUAUUCUAUCCACGAAAAGGUGACUUGUGGAAACUAUUGGAUUAUGCUUGUCGCCUAAGCAUUGAAUUAGGAUACCACACUGAGCUUGACAUUGAGAAUGAGAACGAAGACCAAAGAAACCUGCGGAGGUCCACUUUUUGGGGAUUGUAUGCUAUAGAGAGAAUUGUUGGUCAGCUUUUGGGAAGAGGGGCCGACUUACCAGAAGCCAUCAUCACUGUGCAUUACCCGAGUCCCAGGCUUUCACAGUCUACGGACGAAUUUGAGAAUAUUCAAGCUAUCACCAUUGCUCAUCAUUACAGACUUGUCUAUAUACGGUCCGAGAUUUAUCGACACCUGUAUCUUUCCACAGAUAUGCCUGUGCUUCCCGUAGGAUGGUACAAAGAUCGGUUCAAGGGCCUUCUGACUUGGCGACGUGAGAUGCAAAUCGACGAUGAGAUGACUGGCGUGUCAACGGUAACUUGUGACGUGGGAUAUUAUUCCACCAUCUGCUUCAUUUUUCAGCCGGCGAUGAUGACUCUACUUGAGAGAACCAAGCAAAGUGCCACCAUGACCAACGACGAAGCAUAUAGUGAAUCCUACUGGAUUCCUCAGGAUAACUAUUACGCCGCAUGCGAGCUAAUCCGCACAUACGAAAAAGUGAUUCGCUCACCGCACGAAUCUGCUCUGAGUGCAUAUCCCAUGACCUUCCUCUCCGCACACUACAUCUAUCUUGCUGGUCUUACUUUGAUGACGCACUGUCUCUUAGCCGUGGACAAACGCAUCCCCGUCAUGCCGCCAUUCUCCGACCUGCCGCAAGAGACUGCUUAUCCCGGCGUAGACUUUAGCGCCAUUUCGGAGGUUUCGGCAUCCUGUCUUGUUUUACUAACGUGGUGCUCAGAUAGAUGGCCAGAAAUGGUUUCCAUGUUGAACGUGUACAAGCGGCUAUCAAGCCGUCUAGUGCCGGCACUCAUUCGAAGCGGGGUGCUUUAG